AUGUCUUCAAUGCAUUUCGUUGUUCAUCCUUUACCUGGGACGGAAGAUCAAUUGAUAGAUCGACUAAGAGAAGUAACAGAGCGGUGGAAUCGAUUUGGUACUGGAGCUGGUUCACAUACACUGAGCUCCCUGCGUGGAGUGAGUUCUGUUGCAGCAGGUCCAGCACACAUUGCUUGCCUACUUGAAGAUGGUACUAUAUGUCGGGUUGCAUUCUCCAUUAUACCAGACCGUUUAGACUUGAGUAAAACUGAUGCAAAUAAGAACAAUGGAAAUGGUGGGGGUGGGAGUGGAGGAGGAGGCGGUACCAGCGGAGGGAAGCAGGGAGGUGGCAGUAGUGGCUGUGGUUCUAGGCAACAACCUCGAACUAGAGCCAGAAUAAUGAGAAAUUCAAUCAGAGCUGCUCCAAGCUCUCAAGGAUCUACAAGCCGUGCAACAGGUGUCAUAAUUGGUGCAUCAGGAUCAAACCGUGUAGUUUCUGCAGUGCCUGCUCCUUUUGUGCCUGAAGAUCUUGUAACACAAGCUCAAGUGGUGUUGCAGGGAAAGAGUAGAAGUCUAAUCAUUCGGGAAUUGCAGAGAACAAAUUUAGAUGUGAAUUUGGCAGUCAACAACUUGCUUUCGAGGGACGACGAGGAGGGGGAAGAACCUGAAGGUGGUGAAGGAGGAGAUGGAUAUGUUCCUGAGGACCUGAUAUCACUACUAGACGGCGGAUUCCACGCAAGUCAGCAGGACCAGUCUGUCAUCAUAGAUGCUGAUGCGAUGUUCUCCGAGGACAUCUUCGGGUACGCGGCUAUCAGAAGUUAUAUUAACAGUCGCAGUGGGGGUGGUGGAAGCAACGGUGGAAGUCGCGCAGGUGCCAGUCGUGAAGGCGGCAGCUCCGCUCAAGAUAGACCCGAUUUCAAUCGUUGGCGUGAGCGCCAGUAUUAUGGACCCCGCCGUUGGCUUGAAUCAGCCCUCCGUGACACGUCAUGGGAUAAAGAAGGAGUAGAAAGUAAAAAGAAGGAUUCAGCUAUGGCUGCUUCACCACUCUGGGUGUCGGAAGAUUUGGAGUAUUGGGACGCCAACAUUCGCUUCACCCACAUUGCGGCAACCUACAGUGAAUUAAUUGCAAUCUCGACGUUUGGACAAAUACAUCAGUGGCGCUGGGCUGACCCACACCCAUAUCAACGAAAUGACUCUAUAGGGAAUGGAUCGUAUCAUCCCCGUAGUAACUGGCUUGGAUUGGCUUCUGGUGAAAGAAUUAUAAGCAUCAGUGCAGCUGGUAUAAGAAUCUCAAUCUUGACUGAUGCUGGACGGAUUGCUACUUUCUUGGAUGAAUCGAUUGCUCACGCACCCGGUGCUGGUCGAUUGGAACAUCCUCUGCAGACAUUUACCGAGUUUGGAGCAGAUAAACCGAUCUCUCUUCAUGUGUGUUCGUUAUACACUGUUGCAAGAUUAGAAUCAGGAACACUAUAUUGGUGGGGUGUACUGCCACUUGGACAACGAGCACGUUUAUGGGAAAAACACCGAGCCCGUUCUCGCAAACAGCAGCGUGGUCAUUCAUCUGCCACUCCCCAAGAUCUUCAAGCUGGACAAAGCGUAACUAUGAAGAACGCGCCUAUGUACCAACCGGGGGCUAUCGGAUUUAAUAUGUCAACUGGAGUGCCCAAGGUAGGCAUUCUACAAAACGCAGCCUGGAAUUUAUCAGACACAUGCCGUUUUAAACUCUUGCCUCCACCUCAGCCAGAUCGGUCCAUAUCUGAAAAAGAUAAAAGAGAUUUACAGAACCAAUCUCCAUUGACUGUGUCAUCAGUGAAGGCUUCUUCAUCAAAUAAUACAUCUAAAGAUACGGCUAAGGAUAGUAAUAAAGAUAUGGCAGAUCGCUUGGACAUGCCUCCUCCACCUAGUCCAGCAUCAUCUACGUGUAGUGACACUAGCACAUCACACAAGAGAGCAAAGCGGGUGACAGUACGCGGGGAAGAGGGUUCCUCGAACGACGGAACAAAACGUGACGAGGAGGAGUGGCCUCUUAAAGAAGUGGUAUUCCUCGAAGACGUGAAGAGCGUGCCACUAGGCAGAGUUCUGAAAGUGGACGGGGCGUACGCCGCUGUACGAUUUCCAUCAAUUGGCAAGGACGGAAAGGAAAUAAUUCCUGCAACACCCGAUGACUGGACUACACUACUGCAGGAUUGUCGUUUGGUGCGCAAAGACGAUUUGGUUGCCGUGAAAUGGGGCGCUGGCGGUUCAGCUGGGUCGCGUGGUCCGGACUGCCUGCAACGCACGCCUAGGAAGAUCGCCCUACCACCCGAGUUGCAGGUUAUCACAAUUGCGGUCGAUAAUAGAGGCGUGCACGCCGUAGUGAGACGUCCCGGUGGCGCCCUAGCGUACGCUGUCUACGCCGUAGGGACCACCCGGGCUCUCACCGAUAGCGUCUUUCCUACUGACCAUACAGCCUUGUUGGGUCAAACAAAUGGACUAGCUAUACAAUUAGCUACUGCUGCUGAAGGUAGCGAACCAGUAGUGAUGAUGCUGGACGGUAACAGCGCUCUGUACCCAAUUGCGCGAGACUGCGUGGGAAUGGUGCGCGAGCCACCGCCUCUGAACCUGGCCCCUGCGAGGGCUAUAACUGCGCAUGCGCUCCCGCUCCAUCCACAUGGCGCUGCGCACUCCUCACACGCUCCACUUAAAUCACAGGUCGCUCUCAUAAUAGUUGUACCGGAGCCCCAGCUUAUGAUGCCACGCGUGCUCCGCUGUGACUUAGAUGGAGUGCGUCAGGUGCUUCAUCAGCUUGAAGCAGAAAACAACAAACAACAAAUAUUAUCAAUCAUACAAGAACGUUGUGAUGGAAAUCGAAAUAUACUUCAUGCUUGUGUACACAUGUGCGCGCCAACAUCAAACAAGGAGCCCGACAUAGUAGAAAAUCCAUCAGUACCGAAUAUUCCUAACGCGUCUAGUGGAAGUGGCAACGAGGAAGCGGUGCCGGCUCUUUCUUGGCCACCGGAAACGUUUGAGGCUUCUGGCGAUGAAGACAGUUUGAUGGGCAUCUCAAACAAUGGCAAAAUGUCAAACAGCGGUAAUGGCGGUUCGGUGAGCGUGGACCCGGCUGAGAGACGCGGCAAUGCCCUUUCGGCUCUUCGGGCGUUAUGCGAGAGUGCCGUUCUGCAGCCGUACCUUAUGCAGAUACUUACUGCCAAGGAUGGCAUGGGUCAAACUCCCCUAAUGGCAGCAGUUGCUGAGCGAGCUUACCGCGCCGCGUUGCUGAUACUCGACGCAAUACGCGCUUGUCCUGACGCAGACGAAAGCCAACGGUCGGCCGCUAUCUUUCCGCCCAAUGCUCACCCGGAUCAUUCACCACUUUUGGUACUCUGCUGCAACGACACUUGCAGCUUCACGUGGACCGGGCAAGACCAUAUCAAUCAAGAUAUCUUCGAAUGUAAAACUUGCGGUCUCACUGGUUCCCUGUGCUGCUGCACCGAAUGCGCUAAGGUGUGCCAUAAAGGCCACGACUGCAAAUUGAAGCGCACAUCGCCAACUGCAUAUUGUGAUUGUUGGGAGAAGUGUCGCUGCAAGGCUCUGGUGGGUGGCAACUGGGCUGCUCGCUGCGACUUGUUAGCUCGCCUAGCUAGAGACACGCAACUAGCUACCCACUUCAACUCGAGAGGGGAAUCUAUUCUAUUAUUUUUGGUUCAAACUGUGGGGAGGCAAGCAGUAGAACAGCGACAAUUUCGUGCCGGUAGUGGGCGUGCCCGCGGCCCACGAAAGCAACCCGGGUCUGAUGCAGAACUAGAUGUUCCGGACCAUGAUUUAGAACCGCCACGUUUUGCUAGAAGAGCAUUAGUUCAAUUGUUAGCCGACUGGGCGGCCGUGGAAGCAGCAGUGAUGUGCGGUGCUAAUGCCAACGAAGGCGAAGGCGGUCCAUCGAGCCCUUCUCAUCAGCAGUCAGGCACCACGCUUCUUGACAAAUUCACGCAUGCGCUAAUAGUCAAGUGCACUAAUGAGAUGUUGGAUACCCUGUUGCACACUUUAAUCCGAGAACAGAAAAAUGACGCAAUUCCCGGGAGGGCGGAGCGCGCUCGCGAAGUUACACGACGAUUCGUACGGUCCGUCGCAAGAAUUUAUGUUAUAUUCAGCGUCGAAAUGGCUCCAGGUGCAUCGAAGAAAAAGGGACCUGUGUCUAUAACCUCGUCGCUAGUGCGUUGCCGUCGAGUUUUCGCCGCGUUGGUAGAGUUAUCAGUUGAGGAAUUGGUUGAAGCUGCGGACGCGUUGCUAGCACCUGUACGUCUAGGUGUCGUACGCCCCACGGCCCCAUUCCCCUUGGCUACAACUUAUGUCGACUUAGUUAACGGCAGCGAAGAUUUAUUCGGGGUCGAACCUUUGUCUACUGGGCAUCCACGUCAUGCAUCUCGCAGGGAGUCAAACGCAAACGGUAAUCGAGCAGCGGCGACUGGUGGCACAUCAAUAGGCAGUUCAACAUUAGUUCCCGAUCGAUCGUCCACACCCGUGGCGACCGAAUACGCGGAUGACGUGGCAGGAGAGGCCCUCGGCGGAGACGACGACGCCUCUGAAACUGACGAACCCAAUACGCCCGCCCCCACGCAACAACAAGACGCGCAACAUCACGAUGAUCCUAUGGGUGAUAGGGGUGCUGAUCAGCACGUUGUGGUCGAAAAUGGAACAGAACGCGCCGAGGGCGGCGAGAGCGAAAGUGAACUGGAUAUGCUAGCUGAAGUCGAAACGGAGAGUGACUCCGACGAUCAAGACAAUGCUGAAUCCGCACAACGUAGUGUCCAGACCGGUGCCACUCAGGGCUCUGAUGCCGGAAUAGCGUCGCUGUUAUUGUACCCAGAGGAGGAGAGCGGGGAUUCGACGCAGCCGGAGGACGAGGACUCGGAGGCGGGGGAGACGGACGAGCAGGAAGGCGAGUCGGAGCCGCCCCUGCACGACGGCGAGACGCUGGAGAGAAGAGCAGCCCCGCCCACUAGGACCAAUCUCGCGCCCCACUCCAUGCAAUGGGCUAUUCGCUCACGUGAAGCAUUACGCGGUGGAACAAGUGGAACUGGUAGCGUUCGCCUCACUGGUGCCUCGUCUCUAGUAUUCAUCGACCCAGCAUCUUUACGGCGGUCAGCAGCAGCAGCCGCCGCUGGUGCUCAUGAUCCACAUUCUACCUCUACCACUGCGUCGUUCCUCGCGAGAGCGUUUGGUAUCGUAAUACGCCAAAUAGCAGAUCUGCUUUGGGAAUACGAGCGCGCACCUUUGCCAUUGACUCGUAUGUUGCCUUUCGCUUAUUCUGACGCUCUGCGCCUCCAAUGCUACUUGGAACGUCAGCUCAAACCGACGUGGGAUUGGCUCGUCACCGUCAUGGACGCUACUGAAGCGCAACUAAGGUUUGGCGCAUCGCUAACUUCGAACAACGCCAGUACAUCAACAGCUGAGACAAGUCGUGCCACGGCACCCGCAACGCGACGCACCACAUUUACUACCCCCGCCACUCGUAUCAUUGGAUUUUCAGAGGCGCCUCGUGCCAGAGACCGAGAUCAGGGUGUCGAAGCUGGUAGCGCCCGCCGCGAGUUUUUAGCCUACUGCCUCUCUUUGCUCCGGGCGCACAGCGCGGAGCACGCGGAACAGUUGCCAGUUCUAGAUGUUGCGGCUCUUAAACAUGUCGCCUACGUCUUGGAUGCUCUCGUGUAUUAUAUGAGAGCGGCGCAGCCUCAACCGCAUCAUCAUCACCAUUUAUGGACACCGGACGAGAAUGAGAAUGAAGAAGGCGAAGAAGAGAUGGUAGUGGGAGGCAACGCGGCUGUCGAAUCCGAUAACGAGGGAGAAAACGGUCGCGGGAGACAACACUCUUUCUUCCAACGGACCGAUUCCACCCUCUGUCUUGGCUGUCCUCCACCUGAUCCAUUUAAUAUGACUAUGCAAGACGCCUUACCGCUCGCGGACCAACCGCAACUUUUGCAACCGAAUGCACGUCGAGAGGAAUUGUUCGGGAUGCCCAGACAGCCCGUCACUGUACCAGCCUCCGGCGAUGGACCACCCGGAAUAAAUAACCCCCUGGAAGUGGUGCCCCGUCGACUAGGGCUGUCGAGUCGCGGGCCUGAACGGGGUUGGUCACCGCCACCUCGUCCGGCUUCGGCGCCGCCAACACAUCCUCACUCACAUAUACUGCCAAGAGAUGAACCACAGGACCUCUCCUGCGCAAAGGAUACUGUGUCAAAGAUGGAUAUGGACACAGAUGGCGAGUACGUAUCGGAUUCUGACUCGAACGAAGCAAGACAAAUUACUAGGAAAAAGCACCAUAGACAUCCUCACAUAGCAUCAUCCAAUAGCAACCAGAUGCACGAUUCAAACUCUUCGAGUUCAGAGUUCCAUACUUUGGUAAAUACGGCGUGUUCUAUCAUGGAAGCGCCUCAUCAACAGAGCCUCAACAUAUCGCCAUCUCCAGGUCCUAGUGGCUUGAACUCAAUUUCGCAAGAUAUGCGCGGAAGUUCUUCCCGAAGCCCUGGAAAGUCCGUUAUUGUACGUGCUAGCCGUGAACGUCAGGGGGAACUGCUGAGUGCGGCCGAUCCGCUCGAAUCGCAAGAGAUCUCCGCUCACGUCACCGUAGAAACGACGGGGUUGCCCCCACCACCUCCACUACCGCCGCAAAUGAACCCCCAGCCAUUACCACGUGCGUGUCCCUCCUUGGGUGCCUCGGUGUCCCACGAUCUACUAUUGGGCAGAUGGCGCUUAUCGCUCGACCUCUUCGGACGCGUCUUUACAGAGGACGUCGGCCUCGAACCGGGGUCUGUGGUGUCCGAGCUUGGCGGGUUCCCUGUCAAAGAAGUGAAGUUCCGCAGGGAUAUGGAGAAAUUGAGGACAUCGGCACAGAAAGAUUUGACACUGCAUAAGAUGGAACGAGAGCGCGCUAAACUUCUCCAGCAGACAUUUGCAGAGCUGAAUAGUGCUUUCGCCGGGCAAAAUAGACGUGCGCACGGUGUACAGCCCCCCCUCACCGUCAACCGGGUUAAGGUCACUUUCAGGGAUGAGCCGGGAGAGGGCAGUGGUGUCGCCCGCUCCUUCUACACUAGUGUCGCUGAGGCUCUUCUCGCGAAUGAAAAACUACCGCCAUUGGAACCAACAACAGGCAGCGGUAGUAACAACAGUGCUACCAAUGGCACAUCUGGGCCUGCGAGUGGUGCUGCUAGCGGAGCCACAGGGAAUAGUGGAGCAAGAAGCAGCAGCGGUGCAGGACGCGCUAGGACGAAGGACACGGCCCGGCGAGGAGCUGGCAGACCUGCACCUCGCCCGCCAUCUUCCAGGGAGCCGCGUAGAGUGCUCAGCGUAGACGCCAGACCUUAUUCACCACAAGGCGCACCCGGGACUGACGGCGCGAGCUAUAGCGGCGAACGAUCUAGUGGACACAAUGAACACCUCACCGUUCAUCAAGCUCAAUUAGGCGAAAGGCUCUAUCCUAAGGUUUACUUGUUGCACCCAACGUUCGCGGGGAAGAUAACCGGAAUGUUGUUGGAACUGACUCCGGCACAGUUGCUUGUGCUACUCGCUAGUGAAGACGCGCUGAGGCAGAAGGUGCGCGAAGCAAUGGAUCUCAUAGUUAUGCACCCGUCGGAAGCGAUAUUAGAUCUAGACGUUUUCUCUCUGUCGGAACGUGGAGCGGGUGCGGCAAUAGGCACUAGCAGCUCUCUUGCGGCUCCUGAUGACGCAGCACCCCUGUUUUACUCCCCUGGCAAGCGAGGCUAUUACUCGCCUCGCCAAGGUCGAGCAACACCCGAGAGAAUCAAUGCCUUCAGAAAUGUUGGACGAAUAAUUGGUCUUUGUCUACUACAAAACGAGUUGUGCCCGAUGUUCCUCAACCGACACGUGCUCAAGUACUUGCUGGGACGCAAAAUUCGCUUCCACGAUCUCGCCUUCUUCGAUCCGGUUGUGUACGAGAGCUUGAGGCAACUUGUCGUCGACGCUGAAACGGGAGACUCUCAUUCACUAUUCGCUGCAUUAGAUCUCAACUUUAGCCUUGAAAUGUGUGAAGAAGAGGGCGGUGGGUGUGUGGAACUUGUACCGGGCGGGCGCGAAAUCGAAGUCACGGCUCUUAACGUUUACGAUUAUGUGCGGAAAUACGCGCAACAACGCAUGGUCAUCGCACAGGAGAAAGCAUUAGAGGCAAUGCGGGUUGGAGUUCUAGAUGUUCUGCCAGAAUCUGCCCUGGAGGGGCUCACCGCUGAAGACCUACGGUUACUACUAAAUGGAGUCGGCGAUAUAAAUGUGACUGCACUAGUUUCGUACACUGGUUUUAAUGAUGAAAGCGGCGAACCACCAGAACGACUUGCUAGGUUUAAGCGUUGGCUAUGGGCAAUUGUCGAUAAAAUGACUCACUUGGAACGACAAGAUUUGGUAUACUUUUGGACGGGAUCUCCAGCUCUACCGGCUUCCGAAGAAGGAUUUCAACCAAUGCCCUCGGUCACAAUCCGACCCGCUGACGAUGCACAUCUCCCCACCGCGAACACCUGCAUCUCACGGCUUUAUAUACCUCUGUACUCCUCACGACACGUUCUUAAACAUAAAUUAUUACUCGCUAUUAAAACUAAAAACUUUGGCUUUGUCUAG